GUGUAUAUAAAACCUGAUAACAGACGAUUCUAGAAAGGCAAAGUUGAAGCCCUAAUCGGUCAAAAAACCAAACACCUUGCUUUCGCUAUUCAUCGCCGUCGCCGUCUCCGUCUCCGAUCUGUUCGCCGUCUCUUCUUUGUAAAGAUGCACUUCCGGUCAUCAUCAUAUCAAAAUGCAGAUAUUGAGUUUGUUUUUAUAUAUAAAUGGACUGCAAGAAGUUCAUCCAGUUGGUUGAGGAGAAAAAGAAGAGAGCUUUAGAGAAAAAACAAGCCCCUCUGAAAUGGGAGCAGAAGUUGGAAGCAUCUGCCAAGGCGAAAGAGCAGGAGCAGAAGGCUGCGAAACAUAAAAAAUCUGCGUCAAAAUCUAACACUGACAACGAUAGUGACAGUGAUGAUGGGAGAAAGUCUAGGAAUAGAACCCACAAGAAACACAGAAAGCAUACACAUUCUGAUUCAGGUGACAAUGAUAAAAGGAGGGAAAACAAUUCUAAACGGAAGCCAAAAAGGCGGUCUUCAAGGACAAACGAUGAAAGCACCGACGGUUUUGAAAGUGAUUCUGAAAAAGAAGAGAGGAGGAAGAGGAGAAACCACAGAAAGCAUAGAUCAGAUUCCGCUGCUUCUGAUAUUUCAAGUGAUACUGAUGAUGAAAGGAUCAACAGGAUAAGCCACACACGGCAUCACCAAUAUCGCCAUCAUUCACAAUCUAGUACUUCAGAUUUCUCUAAUGAUGAGUAUAAUGGUGAAAUCAGGAGAAGAGAUCAUUCAAAGCAUCACAAGCGUCAUUGUGGGUCAAGGUCGAGUGAUUCAGAUUUUUCUAGUGAUGACAACAGGAGAAGCCAUGGAAGACAACAUAAACGUCAUAGGCGGUUCCAUAGUGCAGCUUCAAUAUUAUCUGAUUGUGAUGGUGAUGAAGAAACAGGUCAAAGAUCAAAGCACAAGAGAUCGGGUCAUAGUCACCGCAGUCAUCACAAGCACCGGAACCAUCAUUCCAAUGAGGAAGGUUCUGAUCAAUAAAGAUAUUGAAGAAUGCAAGGGAUAAAACUGACAAAAUGGUUGCUAAAAAAAUGAAGCUGAAAGUUAUCAUGAGCCAAAUUAUUUGUAGGUAUUGGUUUCUUUAACGAUUUUAUGCUGGAUGUAAGUUGUACCAAAAUUUGAGGUCUUUGACCCUUGCCUAUUAUCUUAAAAUAAAUGCUUUUAAGGUCUUGAAACUUAAA